AUGUCAGCGAACAUGUUUCGCUGUGUCCCGCUCUUCAAAGGCUGCAAUAGGCAAGUGGAAUAUGUUGACAAGCGCCACUGCCUACUUGCGAAUGUCCCUGAUGAAAUCCUCCGAUAUGGGAAGAGUUUGGAAGAGCUCUUAUUGGAUGCCAAUAAAAUCCGCGACUUGCCGAAGGGUCUUUUUCGGCUGCAAAAGCUGAGGCGAUUGGGGCUGAGUGACAAUGAGAUUGGACGUCUGCCUCCUGACAUCCAAAAUUUCCACAAUUUGGUUGAGUUGGAUGUGUCUCGGAAUGAUAUCCCUGACAUCCCAGACCACAUCAAGAGUUUACAAGCACUUCAAGUGGCAGAUUUCUCAAGCAAUCCCAUACAAAGGCUUCCUCAGGGAUUUGUACAACUAAAAAACCUGACAGUUCUUGGCCUCAACGAUAUGUCUCUGACUUUCCUACCACCUGAUUUUGGAUGUCUGAGCAACCUGGAAUCAUUGGAGUUGAGAGAAAACCUGCUGAAAACACUCCCCACUUCCAUCUCCCAGUUGACCAAACUUGAAAGACUGGACAUUGGAGACAAUGAGAUUGAAGAACUUCCGGAAGAGAUUGGAAAGCUUCCAGUCCUGCAGGAACUAUGGUUGGAUCAUAAUCUAAUGAGUCAUCUUCCUCCUGAAAUUGGUGAACUGAAGCAGUUGACGGUCUUGGAUGCUUCAGAGAACCGACUUGAGGAACUUCCUGAAGAAAUUGGUGGACUAGAAAACUUGACUGAUCUUCAUCUCAGUCAGAACUACCUGGAGCGACUUCCAGAUGGCAUUGGAUGCCUUACACGCCUUACUAUCUUCAAAAUUGAUCAGAAUCAUCUUGUUGAACUCAAUCCAGCAAUUGGAAAGUGUACAAAUUUGCAGGAAUUGAUCUUGACUGAGAAUGCUCUCAUGGAACUCCCCGUCAGCAUUGGGAACCUUGUGAAACUGACGAACCUCAAUGUUGAUCGCAAUAGGCUUUUCAACAUCCCUUCCCAAAUAGGGAAUCUGACACAGCUUGGGGUCUUGUCUUUGAGAGAGAAUAGACUUCAGUCCCUUCCACAAGAGCUUGGCAAUUGUGCUGAACUCCAUGUUCUUGAUGUCUGUGGCAACAGGUUAAAGCAUUUACCAAUCACUUUGGUGAACCUGAAUUUGAAAGCUGUGUGGCUCUCAGAGAAUCAAGCUCAGCCUCUGUUGAAGUUCCAGAGUGAUGUUGAUGAAGAAACAGGCGAGGAAGUUCUGACUUGCUUCCUCCUUCCACAAAUUGAUGUUUCUGUCCCUGAGGAUUCCUCCAUUGGACGCCUUUAUAGAUCUGGGAAUGAGUCUCUCACUCUUGAAUUAGAUGGGACUAUGGAGGUGGAUGGAUUGGAGGCUACACGGCAGAGCAUAGUGAAGUUCCAAGAUGAACCAGAAUCUGAGGAUGAUAAAGAGGCAAGCAAACUGAUCAAUUCAUUAAUUGCAUCUUAUGAAAGAAAGCCGGCGAAAGGAUAUCCGGAAUGUCUCCAAAGCGCAAAGGGAGAGACUCAUUUUGUCCGUCAUAAUACACCUCAUCCGAAAGAUUUGAAAGCAAAGGCACACAAGUUGGGACUUGUUGGCCGCAAAAACAUCGAUGGCCCAGUUGUGAAACACAAGGACCAUGAUGAGGACAACCAUGUCAAUUCUUUCCGUCCACAAAGGCAAGAGAGUGAUGCAUCUGAUUCUAGUUCACCCAUCCCUCCAGAGAAGAAUGUACCAAAAGUGCCACCAGCUCCUAUUCCAUCUCCAAAGACAUCUCCUAAAGUGCAACAAGAGGAGCAACUGCAGGAGGCAGCUGAGCAUCCAACAUCUGCUGAAUGUUUGCAACCCUCACCAGUUGUUCCCAUGCCUCAGGAACCCCCCAAAGCUUUGAAUGUUUCCCAGGAUGAAUCUGAUUUUGGGGGUGUGUCUGACACUCUGGACAACAGCUUGGAGUUGGACACUACUAAUGAAGAUCAAGAGGUCAAGUUUUUUGAUGGUGGUGAACGUAGAGUGGGCUUCUCCUUGACUGAGGCACCUGCUGAGAAGCAAAAUCGAUUGCAUAGAAGAGAUACACCUCAUCACCUGAAGAACAAACGAGUAAACCUCAACAUGAACACUGCAAAGAUGGAUCAAGAGAAGGUUGCAAGCAUUAUAGCUCAGACCAUUCAAACGAAGCCCUAUGAGAAUGAGGGUGUGUCGAGCACACAUCCAUAUAUGGGUAUCCCAAAUGCAGUCCAUGUGGCAAACUCCACUGUCUCUGAAUCAGAGUCUGACUUACUGCCUGUCAGGUGGGAACCCCAAAAACUUGGGGGUUCUAAGAAACUGGUCAAGCAGUCAAGGGACAUAUCAAAUAGAUAUGUCCCCUUGGGUUUUGGAAGUGAGGGGAGGAGUGACUCCUUGGAAGAAAAAAAACACCAUCAGUUGAAUUGUUCAAGCAAGAAGGCUGGAGAGUCGGACAUAGAGUUUGAAAGGCUGGACCUGGUGAUUCUGAGACAGAGUUCUGGGCUUGGACUUUCCAUUGCUGGGGGCAAGGGGUCCACUCCCUUCAAGGGAAAUGAUGAAGGAAUCUUCAUCUCUCGGGUCACUGAAGGUGGAGCAGCAUAUGGCGCUGGACUCAGGGUUGGUGAUAAGGUAUUGAGUGUGAAUGGAGUUUCCCUUGAUGAGGCAGACCAUUAUGAGGCAGUAGAUACUCUCAAGGCAGCUGGCAAUGAAAUCCGUCUCUCUGUUGUGCGGGAAAUCACCAUUCAUCCAGUGCAGCAGCAGCAUCAGCAGCCUUCCCUCCAUGCAUUAAACACAUCAUACAGCUCACAGGCUCAUCCAAGCCCAUCUGCAUCUGAGAUCUCAUCGGGGAUGGCCAGCAGCUCCCACUUGACACCUUUUCUCAACCAAUCCUUCUCAUCUACGCUUUCUGCACCUACUCCAACGCCUACACUCCCUAAUCACAUAGGAAUGAAAUCGGCAACUAAUGGACCCGGUUCAAUAUCAGGAAAAGAAGAAGAUUCACAGGAGGAAAUGGUCAUCAGAGAAGAGAAUGUAUAUACAACUCUUAUGAGGGACCAAAAUGGCUUGGGCUUCAGCAUUGCUGGUGGCCGAGGUUCCAACCCAUUCAAAGAUGGCAGUGAUGCCAUAUUUGUUUCUCGAAUCACUCCUGGUGGUGCUGCUGAACGAGAUGGGAAGCUUCGUGUGGGCGAUCGGGUUCUCUCUAUCAAUGGAGUAGAUGUGGAGGGUGCUCGUCAUGAUCAAGCAGUCUCAAUGCUCACCGGUCUUGAACGCUUUGUGCGCUUGGUUGUGGCUCGAGAAACUCUAAUGCCACGCUCUCAAGCAGAACGCCUCAAGACAUCCAAAGUGCUUGGUGCCCCACGCCCCUACACGGCCCUCUAUGGUGCUGACUCGUAUUUGGCCAAUCGCCCUGGUUACAAAAGGAGCUCGGGAAUCUAUGGCCGUAUCAAUACCAGUGCUUCUUCCUUGACUAAAGAAACUGUCUCAAUGAAACCAAACACCUCCUCUCUUGCUUCUUCUCCUUCCCCCUACGUGGCUCCUGCUCCUCAUGUGAAUGGUGUUGUAACCACAAGCGUGCCUCUUCAGACUGGGACGUUGUCCAGCUUCCCACUUCUGACCGAGAAGCUGGAACCACCUGUCGUGCCUCAGGUACUGCACCCCAAAACUUCUGAGGAAUUCCAGGCGCUAAUCCCUAAGCACUUUCUAGAGCCUGCUGCUAACACAGAGGGUGAUGGGGUUGAGGUGACUAUUCGAGUCCGUCAACCGGACUCCGCAGUGGCGGAACUCAAAGAGAAGUUCCCUCCUGCCUCCAACAAGCCAGGCACAAUUACAGAAACCAUCACAAAAAGCACUCUCACCGAAACAGUGGUUACACGUGUCACCAAAAAUCAACCCAUCUUCAAACAGUCUGUUGAGGAGGUGGUACUGGCAAAAGAAGGUGGUCCUCUUGGUCUAAGCAUCAUUGGUGGCAUCGAUCAGACUUCCACUCCUUUUGGGGCCAAUGAACCGGGAGUUUUUAUUUCCAAGGUGGUAUCAGGAGGAGUUGCAGCCCGUAGUGGAAACCUAAGGGUUGGAGAUCGAAUUCUAGCAGUGAAUGGGCAUGAAGUGGCAACUGCCACUCAUCAAGAAGCUGUUGGUCACCUGUUAUCUCCCACUCCUGAGGUGGUGCUCAAAGUUCGUCAUGAUCCUCUACCAGAGGGAUAUCAGGAAGUGGAGGUGUACAAGUUGCCUGGAGAGAAGUUGGGUAUGAACAUCAAAGGAGGACGCCGAGGCCAUCCAGGCAAUCCCUUGAACCCUGAGGAUGAAGGGAUCUUUAUCUCUAAAGUACAUUCUGGUGGGGCUGCCCAGAAAUGUGGGAAACUGAAGGUGGGAAUGCGGUUGAUAGAAGUGAAUGAUAUACCAUUGUUGGGAGUUUAUCACAGUGAAGCUGUUCAGGCUCUGCGAAAUGCUGGUGACAGAAUGAAAUUGAUAGUAUGUGAUGGAUAUGAUCCUCUUGAAGUUGAGAGACUGAGAUAUGAAGGGAAGUUGAGCUAUGAAUCGAAGUCUGCAUCACAGAGCACAUCUAGUUUGGAUGCUUUGGAGAGUCCUAGCCCUGUUCUAACUCUGGAAUCACCUACUUCCGUGUUUUCAAGUGUAAGUGCUGGUGUUACGUCAAGCAUCCCUCUGAGUCCCAUGUCUCCAACUCUGAUAGACACCCAAGUUGCUCAGCCCCAGACUCCUUCUUCAGCUUUGGUCCAUCAUCAAUCCCCUGGUGCUGUUUCCACCACAAGUGGCAAAACUACUCCAGAAAAGGUCAUGGAGGCAGUGAGAGCUGCUGAACAAUUGGUGACUUCUGCAGCUUCCACAAGCCCUGUACCACCGAAGACGCCUCCAACUUCCCGCAGUGAUAGCUUCAAGACCACUACCAUUGUGUUAGCAAAGCACACACUUGAGCCCACAACACCCACCUCUUCCUCCUCAGCACCAACCAUUGCAACCCCAAGCAACCCUCCAACCCCAUCCAGUACCUUGACCUAUACCAUCCAGCAUUCUCCACUGGAGACUACAGAGACAGAUGGAGAUGGGUCUUCCACAUCCAUUGAUCCUAUUACAUCCUCCAAGUUCCCAGGUGGCAAGGUUCGAUUUCGCUUUGAUGACCAGGCCAUCACGCCAAAGUAUGAAAGUCCUUUCUCUGUCUCCCUUCGGAGACCAUAUCAGAGUGUGGCAGACACUCCAGCCCAGAUGUCCUUCAGUGCCAAGAAGAAAUUUUUUGAACAGGAAAUUGAGCAGUCUGGGAAACCACCUCCAAAGCAAGAACGGCAUUUCAGUUUCUUGAGUGCUGAUGAACUAGCUAAGAUGAAGCAGGAAGAAGAUAAGAAGAUGGCUUCAAUGACAGAGGAAGAAUUGAAAAAUCUGUCCCGCAUGGGUGAGGAUGCUGAAGAAGAGGUUGAGGACAUGAGCUUACAGCUUGGCAUUUCCCCAAACAACUUGAAUGACACAGGCCGUGAGAGUGUAUCAAGCCUCUCCAGUUUUGGAAGUGUUCACACUGCCAAGGCUGAAAAAAGACUACGUGAAAAACUCAGACAAGAAGGCGUUGACUUGGACCUUGAGGGGUUGAGUCCGGCUGAACAACGUAAGCUCCAGGCAGCAAAACGAGCUGCUUGGCGGGAAGCAAGGCUCCGAUCCCUUGAACAAGAUGCCCUUCAGGCUCAAGCAGUCAUCAAGCAUAUGGCUGCCAUUGGGGAACAUGAGCACUCAGAGAGUGGGACACAAGGGAUGACCAGUCCAACACAAACCACUGAUGAUCUGUCUGAUCAUGAGGAUGAUAACAACAAUGAAGAGGAAGAAGAUGAUGAUGAAGUGAAUGGGAAUGCUGAGGCUGAAGAGACUAGUCCGUCAUCCAGCACUGGACCUCCUACUGUGCAUGAUCCUGGCAAGAAGAAACGACGCAGGCAUCGCAACAGAUGAACACGCUUUUCUGCUGUCUUGUACUCCCUCUCACUCUUGUUUGAGUUUAAUUGACAGGAGGUAAGAACCCAAAGUGGAAAGCAAGUGCAUGCAUGAGUGAAUUAGGACUUGCUCUUGUUUAGAAGCAUUCCAUUCUUCACAUUUGAAGACCUUGCCCAAAGACAUUUCACCAUGGAAGACACACCCCUCUUUUAACCAUCAUAUUUUAUCUGUUACUUUUUUUAAAUGUCGUUUUGUGUUUUUUUUUAAUGACCUGUUGUCUGCAUAGCAAAUCUCUGACUUUUCCUCUUUGUCAUUUCAUUUUCUUUGCUUUGAGGUGAUUUUUAAGGGGAAAAUUUUAGUAUGUUUAAUGGGAUGGAUCAGAUGUGUUUAUGCAUUUUCAUGAAAUAUGCUUGCCAAGCAACUUUUUCAUCAAUGUAGUCAUGCUGAUCAAGUAUGAAUAUGAUGAACAAUCAGCAAUUUGCAUCUUGAUUCUUUACACUUGUCCACUUUUGAACAUCCCACCACUUCAAUUGAGAAGCAAUCAUUUUCAUGAUGGGAGUACAGUAUUUAUUUUCUCAGCUGGUAUUGCAGAAAUCAUCUGGAACUCUGAAGCUUGUGACUUAGUACCUUCCUCCUUAAUUGCUUUUUAUUUUCAGACCUGCAUGCUUCUUUUGGAAUUUUUUUGUUACAUAUGAUUUUGACAAAGCUUUUACCAUUUGUUUCGUGACUCAAAUUUUUUUCAUCUCUCUUCUGUUUUGUAGUCUGCUCAAAUGUCUGUGUUCAUUCUUCCUGCAUUUUAUGUAUUUUUAGUUUGUGACUGAGCAGAAAACUAUAUUUGAAGCAUUUUCUAGAUCAUGGAUGGGAACCUGGGAGUUGGGACAAUCAGGUUGUUGCUGGUAAAACAAACAAUUGGUGAAACCUUCUGGACAUGUUGCUGAGAUGAACAUUUUAAUUUAUUUUUAAGGGUUUUGUAUAGAGAGAGCUCUGUGAUUCCUAGGUCUGGAAUUAGCAAGGCUAUGAUCAAAAGUCUAUAUUUUUUGCAUUGGAAACCAUUGAUAAGGAUGCCUCUUCUGAUUCUUUGCCUAUCACUUUCAACUCCACACAAUUUAACAGGCAAAAAUAUCCACAU